CUGAAAUCUUCAAUCUCACCCUUACAUAUACGACAUUCUUCUUGACAUUCUUUCUUAUGGAAAAUUGAAUAGAACUCAUCCUUUUAAGCACAAGUAAGCUCCACGCAUGCGGCGUGUCAAUUCUUUCCUUGUGGUUUUCUUUGCAAUCGCUCUCACAAGUCACAACACUGAACGCCUCAGCACCAUUGAAUGAUUAUCAACAUCAAGUCAUAAAUAUAUUUGCGGAUACUCCAUUAGCAAAAAUAUUGUUUGGGGAGGAAACUGAAAGAGCAUUAAAAUUGAGGGGACGAAGCGGAAUAAAUCUUGCCCAUGGCAAUCCUGACCGCUGGUUUAUCUGAUUCUUGAUCAUCUCUUCUUCCCAUUCAGAAAAUCUUAUCCUUUGCAGCUCUUCGGACACAAGUAGUUUUUGUCCCCAUUCCACUCUCUUCUUCUGCAGAAAACAUCCGCAUUCCAUUAGUAUUAUAUUCUCCAAAUUCCCCUGUUUAUCUUUAUCCAUUCCACCGCAGUACAUAUUUAAUUUUUCCGGGCUUAUUCUAUCUUCUUGUUAGUUUACUGUAAAUCUCUUAUCUCUUUCUUCUUUCUAUUUUGGAACCCAUAUAGAGUUAUAGUCAUCACUGCACUUAAAGAUUCUAUCUUUAUCCGUUGGAUUGAAUAGCCGGGUGUGUAUUAAUUUAUUGGUUUCAAUUUCUUGGUUGGGGUUAAUGGCUUUAUUAUCGGCGUUGGUUGAAAUUUUCCAAAAGAAAUCGAUCGGAGAUGGUAUACUUGAGCUGAUGAUGUGGACGACGCCUAUCUGGGUGGCUGUGGUUGUUGGAGUACUUGUGGGUUGGGCCUGGAGGCCCAGAUGGGCUGAUCUUUGUUCCAGUAGAGAUUCCUUUGUCUCCAUGGUGUCCUCUUCUUCUUGCCUGCAGCAGCUCUUCACUGGUUUUAGCUCCAGAUUCAUGUCUGAUGAGAUCUCACAUCUCACCCCUAACUCCAGUUCAUCUUUGCUUCGGGAAAGUGGAAAUUCUGAAGCUGUAGAUGAUAGUGACCUUCAUCACCUGUAUCAAUUAGUUGAAGAGAAAGAUGGUGGCCCUGCCUGGAUUCAGAUGAUGGACAGGACUGCGAAGAACAUGAGUUAUCAGGCAUGGCGAAGAGAUCCUGAGAAUGGACCUCCGCAAUAUCGAAGCAGAACUGUAUAUGAAGAUGCUAGCCCCGAAUUGGUGAGAGAUUUCUUUUGGGAUGAUGAGUUUCGAACGAAGUGGGAUGACAUGCUGUUACAUGCUGAAAUGCUGGAAGAUUAUCCUAACACUGGAACCAUGGUGGUCCACUGGGUACGCAAGUUUCCGUUCUUCUGCAGUGAUAGAGAAUACAUUAUUGGCCGUCGAAUAUGGAAAUCUGGAAAUACGUAUUACUGUGUUACUAAGGGUGUGAGGAAUUCAUCCGUUCCACGAAAAAACAAACCAAGGCGUGUUGAUUUGUAUUAUUCAAGCUGGUGUAUUCGACCAGCUGAAUCUUCGAGAGAUGGUGAGAUGAGUGCAUGUGAGGUGAUACUCUUCCAUCAUGAGGACAUGGGUAUACCAUGGGAAAUUGCCAAACUUGGUGUUCGGCAGGGAAUGUGGGGAGCAGUCAAGAAGAUCGACUCAGGUUUACGUGGAUAUCAGAAAUAUAGAGCAUCAUCUGUGGAAGCCCCAUUGUCAAGAUGCGCUUUCAUGGCCCAACUUAACACCAAAGUGACUUCUGAUGAUUUGGAGUCACUGGGGAGAAGAAGACAGAGUGUUAGUGACAUAGAAGCUUGCGGUGAUUCUUCAAAGGAUAAUAACCCAACUAUGGGAAGGAAUGUGCCUAAGCUUGUCAUUGUUGGUGGAGCGGUUGCCCUUGCUUGCAGCAUUGACCGUGGACUCCUCACCAAAGCUCUUAUAUUCGGAGUUGCUCGAAAACUUGCAGGGUUUGGGAAAAGGUUGUAAGUUGGGGGUGGGGUGGAGGUAGAUUGGGAAAUUAGGUGGUCGCGGGUGUAAUUGUGAGUUAUUCUUGCUCUCUACAUCUUCCUGAGAGCUACUUCUCCAGGCUCCAGCCAAAUAUAUCAAGGCAUUCAUUUGUCUUUGGAGUUUUACGCAAUGAACCUGUAAUAUUGGUGGGAUUUUCCAUAUACGCCUAACACUUCCUCACCAAGACUGGAUGCCCAAUACUCUGUUAAUAGAGGACAUUAAUAGACUUGCUCAUUUCUUUCAUUUCAAUAAUUUUUAAUUUUUAAAUUAAUUUAUGUGUCUUAAACAAAGGCAAACGGUA